AUGGCUCGGUGGUUCGCGCAUCGGGCUAUCAAUCGCGAGUUACACAAACGUAUCCAUACAGGAGAGAAACCUUACCAUUGUGAUAUCUGCGGUAAAUCUUUCUCGCAAAUAAAUAACUUAACUACUCACAAACGCAUUCAUACAGAUGAUAAUCAAUAUCAUUGUGAUAUCUGUGGUAAAUCCUUCUCUCAGAAUCAUCACUUGACUGAACACAAAUAUAUUCAUACAGGAGAUAAGCCGUAUCACUGUGACACCGGUGGUAAAUCUUUCUCUCAGAUAAAUAACUUAAACACUCACAAGCGUAUUCAUACAGGUGAGAAGCCCUAUCACUGUGAUACCUGUGGUAAAUCUUUCUCUCAAAUAAAUAACUUAAACACUCACAAGCGUAUUCAUACAGGUGAGAAGCCCUAUCACUGUGACACCUGUGGUAAAUCUUUCUCUCAGAUAAAUAACCUAAACACUCACAAGCGUAUACAUACAGGUGAGAAGCCCUAUCACUGUGACACCUGUGGUAAAUCUUUCUCUCAGAUAAAUAACUUAAACACUCACAAGCGUAUUCAUACAGGUGAGAAGCCCUAUCACUGUGACACCUGUGGUAAAUCUUUCUCUCAGAUAAAUAACUUAAACACUCACAAGCGUAUUCAUACAGGUGAGAAGCCCUAUCACUGUGACACCUGUGGUAAAUCUUUCUCUCAGAUAACUAACUUAAACACUCACAAGCGUAUUCAUACAGGUGAGAAGCCCUAUCACUGUGACACCUGUGGUAAAUCUUUCUCUCAGAUAAAUAACCUAAACACUCACAAGCGUAUUCAUACAGGUGAGAAGCCCUAUCACUGUGACACCUGUGGUAAAUCUUUCUCUCAAAUAAAUAACUUAAACACUCACAAGCGUAUUCAUACAGGUGAGAAGCCCUAUCACUGUGACACCUGUGGUAAAUCAUUCUCUCAGAUAAAUAACUUAAACACUCACAAGCGUAUUCAUACAGGUGAGAAGCCCUAUCACUGUGACACCUGUGGUAAAUCUUUCUCUCAAAUAAAUAACUUAAACACUCACAAGCGUAUUCAUACAGGUGAGAAGCCCUAUCACUGUGACACCUGUGGUAAAUCUUUCUCUCAAAUAAAUAACUUAAACACUCACAGGCGUAUUCAUACAGGUGAGAAGCCCUAUCACUGUGACACCUGUGGUAAAUCUUUCUCUCAAAUAAAUAACUUAAACACUCACAGGCGUAUUCAUACAGGUGAGAAGCCCUAUCACUGUGACACCUGUGGUAAAUCUUUCUCUCAAAUAAAUAACUUAAACACUCACAGGCAUAUUCAUACAGGUGAGAAGCCCUAUCACUGUGACACCUGUGGUAAAUCUUUCUCUCAAAUAAAUAACUUAAACACUCACAGGCGUAUUCAUACAGGUGAGAAGACCAAUCACUGUGACACCUGUGGUAAAUCUUUCUCUCAAAUAAAUAACUUAAACACUCACAAGCGUAUUCAUACAGGUGAGAAGCCCUAUCACUGUGACACCUGUGGUAAAUCUUUCUCUCAAAUAAAUAACUUAAACACUCACAAGCGUAGUCAUACAGGUGAGAAGCCCUAUCACUGUGACACCUGUGGUAAAUCUUUCUCUCAAAUAAAUAACUUAAACACUCACAGGCGUAUUCAUACAGGUGAGAAGCCCUAUCACUGUGACACCUGUGGUAAAUCUUUCUCUCAAAAAAAUAACUUAAACACUCACAAGCGUAUUCAUACAGGUGAGAAGCCCUAUCACUGUGACACCUGUGGUAAAUCUUUCUCUCAAAUAAAUAACUUAAACACUCACAAGCGUAUUCAUACAGGUGAGAAGCCCUAUCACUGUGACACCUGUGGUAAAUCUUUCUCUCAAAUAAAUAACUUAAACGCUCACAGGCGUAUUCAUACAGGUGAGAAGCCCUAUCACUGUGACACCUGUGGUAAAUCUUUCUCUCAAAUAAAUAACUUAAACACUCACAGGCGUAUUCAUACAGGUGAGAAGCCCUAUCACUGUGACACCUGUGGUAAAUCUUUCUCUCAAAUAAAUAACUUAAACACUCACAGGCGUAUUCAUACAGGUGAGAAGCCCUAUCACUGUGACACCUGUGGUAAAUCUUUCUCUCAAAUAAAUAACUUAAACACUCACAGGCAUAUUCAUACAGGUGAGAAGCCCUAUCACUGUGACACCUGUGGUAAAUCUUUCUCUCAAAUAAAUAACUUAAACACUCACAGGCGUAUUCAUACAGGUGAGAAGACCUAUCACUGUGACACCUGUGGUAAAUCUUUCUCUCAAAUAAAUAACUUAAACACUCACAAGCGUAUUCAUACAGGUGAGAAGCCCUAUCACUGUGACACCUGUGGUAAAUCUUUCUCUCAAAUAAAUAACUUAAACACUCACAGGCGUAUUCAUACAGGUGAGAAGCCCUAUCACUGUGACACCUGUGGUAAAUCUUUCUCUCAAAUAAAUAACUUAAACACUCACAGGCGUAUUCAUACAGGUGAGAAGCCCUAUCACUGUGACACCUGUGGUAAAUCUUUCUCUCAAAUAAAUAACUUAAACACUCACAGGCAUAUUCAUACAGGUGAGAAGCCCUAUCACUGUGACACCUGUGGUAAAUCUUUCUCUCAAAUAAAUAACUUAAACACUCACAGGCGUAUUCAUACAGGUGAGAAGACCUAUCACUGUGACACCUGUGGUAAAUCUUUCUCUCAAAUAAAUAACUUAAACACUCACAAGCGUAUUCAUACAGGUGAGAAGCCCUAUCACUGUGACACCUGUGGUAAAUCUUUCUCUCAAAUAAAUAACUUAAACACUCACAAGCGUAUUCAUACAGGUGAGAAGCCCUAUCACUGUGACACCUGUGGUAAAUCUUUCUCUCAAAUAAAUAACUUAAACGCUCACAGGCGUAUUCAUACAGGUGAGAAGCCCUAUCACUGUGACAACUGUGGUAAAUCUUUCUCUCAAAUAAAUAACUUAAACACUCACAGGCGUAUUCAUACAGGUGAGAAGCCCUAUCACUGUGACACCUGUGGUAAAUCUUUCUCUCAAAUAAAUAACUUAAACACUCACAGGCGUAUUCAUACAGGUGAGAAGCCCUAUCACUGUGACACCUGUGGUAAAUCUUUCUCUCAAAUAAAUAACUUAAACACUCACAGGCAUAUUCAUACAGGUGAGAAGCCCUAUCACUGUGACACCUGUGGUAAAUCUUUCUCUCAAAUAAAUAACUUAAACACUCACAGGCGUAUUCAUACAGGUGAGAAGACCUAUCACUGUGACACCUGUGGUAAAUCUUUCUCUCAAAUAAAUAACUUAAACACUCACAAGCGUAGUCAUACAGGUGAGAAGCCCUAUCACUGUGACACCUGUGGUAAAUCAUUCUCUCAGAUAAAUAACUUAAACACUCACAAGCGUAUUCAUACAGGUGAGAAGCCCUAUCACUGUGACACCUGUGGUAAAUCUUUCUCUCAGAUAAAUAACUUAAACACUCACAAGCGUAUUCAUACAGGUGAGAAGCCCUAUCACUGUGAUACCUGUGGUAAAUCUUUCUCUCAAAUAAAUAACUUAAACACUCACAAGCGUAUUCAUACAGGUGAGAAGCCCUAUCACUGUGACACCUGUGGUAAAUCAUUCUCUCAGAUAAAUAACUUAAACACUCACAAGCGUAUUCAUACAGGUGAGAAGCCCUAUCACUGUGAUACCUGUGGUAAAUCUUUCUCUCAAAUAAAUAACUUAAACACUCACAAGCGUAUUCAUACAGGUGAGAAGCCCUAUCACUGUGACACCUGUGGUAAAUCAUUCUCUCAGAUAAAUAACUUAAACACUCACAGGCGUAUUCAUACAGGUGAGAAGCCCUAUCACUGUGACACCUGUGGUAAAUCUUUCUCUCAAAUAAAUAACUUAAACACUCACAAGCGUAUUCAUACAGGUGAGAAGCCCUAUCACUGUGACACCUGUGGUAAAUCUUUCUCUCAAAUAAAUAACUUAAACACUCACAGGCGUAUUCAUACAGGUGAGAAGCCCUAUCACUGUGAUACCUGUGGUAAAUCUUUCUCUCAAAUAAAUAACUUAAACACUCACAAGCGUAUUCAUACAGGUGAGAAGCCCUAUCACUGUGACACCUGUGGUAAAUCUUUCUCUCAGAUAAAUAACUUAAACACUCACAAGCGUAUUCAUACAGGUGAGAAGCCCUAUCACUGUGACACCUGUGGUAAAUCUUUCUCUCAGAUAAAUAACUUAAACACUCACAAGCGUAUUCAUACAGGUGAGAAGCCCUAUCACUGUGAUACCUGUGGUAAAUCUUUCUCUCAAAUAAAUAACUUAAACACUCACAAGCGUAUUCAUACAGGUGAGAAGCCCUAUCACUGUGACACCUGUGGUAAAUCUUUCUCUCAAAUAAAUAACUUAAACACUCACAAGCGUAUUCAUACAGGUGAGAAGCCCUAUCACUGUGACACCUGUGGUAAAUCUUUCUCUCAGAUAAAUAACUUAAACACUCACAAGCGUAUUCAUACAGGUGAGAAGCCCUAUCACUGUGACACCUGUGGUAAAUCUUUCUCUCAGAUAAAUAACUUAAACACUCACAAGCGUAUUCAUUCAGGUGAGAAGCCGUAUCACUGUGAUACCUGUGGUAAAUCUUUCUCUCAAAUAAAUAACUUAAACACUCACAAGCGUAUUCAUACAGGUGAGAAGCCCUAUCACUGUGACACCUGUGGUAAAUCAUUCUCUCAGAUAAAUAACUUAAACACUCACAAGCGUAUUCAUACAGGUGAGAAGCCCUAUCACUGUGACACCUGUGGUAAAUCUUUCUCUCAGAUAAAUAACUUAAACACUCACAAGCGUAUUCAUACAGGUGAGAAGCCCUAUCACUGUGAUACCUGUGGUAAAUCUUUCUCUCAAAUAAAUAACUUAAACACUCACAAGCGUAUUCAUACAGGUGAGAAGCCCUAUCACUGUGACACCUGUGGUAAAUCAUUCUCUCAGAUAAAUAACUUAAACACUCACAAGCGUAUUCAUACAGGUGAGAAGCCCUAUCACUGUGACACCUGUGGUAAAUCUUUCUCUCAAAUAAAUAACUUAAACACUCACAAGCGUAUUCAUACAGGUGAGAAGCCCUAUCACUGUGACACCUGUGGUAAAUCUUUCUCUCAGAUAAAUAACUUAAACACUCACAAGCGUAUUCAUACAGGUGAGAAGCCCUAUCACUGUGACACCUGUGGUAAAUCUUUCUCUCAAAUAAAUAACUUAAACACUCACAAGCGUAUUCAUACAGGUGAGAAGCCCUAUCACUGUGACACCUGUGGUAAAUCUUUCUCUCAAAUAAAUAACUUAAACACUCACAAGCGUAUUCAUACAGGUGAGAAGCCCUAUCACUGUGACACCUGUGGUAAA